GUAUUCGUUGAGGCGCAACAGGCAGCGGUCGUGUUGCUGAUAUCAUUAUUUUAAUUUUUUUAACUUUUUCCGGGAACUCGGUGUCAACAAACUGUGUCCGACUGUCAGUGGCUAACGGUGGAUCACUUCCGUUCAUAAAGUGGAAAAGGUUCCGUGCACCAUCACGCUGGAUUUGGAACUAGGCGAGAGUAGCUUGAUGCGGGGUCCGGGCGGGCGCGGCGGCGUCCCGUGCGCGGCGGUGGCGCGCUGGGCGCACAGCCCGGCCGCGCCGCUCACCGACUACUCGCAGCUGGCCGCGCCCCACCAGGCCAGCGUCGUCUUCCAGUACGAGCCGGAGAUCAACGACAGGUUCGCCAUAUGGCAAGGCGACAUCACCACCCUCGAAGUAGACGCUCUGGUGACCAGCACGGAUGAGCGGCUGCUGGGCGGCGACGCGCUGAGCGAGCGCGUGCUGCUGCUCGCCGGGCCCGGGAUGAAGGAGGAGAUCGUCACCAGGGGACUCGAGUGUCGCACCGGCGAGGCGGUGGCGACGCCGGGGUUCGCGCUGCGCUGCCGGCACGUGCUGCACACCGUCAGCCCCAAGUACCUGCCCAAGUACCACACGGCGGCCGAGGGCGCGCUGACCAACUGCUAUAGGAACGUGCUGUGCCUGGCGGCGGAGGUGGGCGCCAAGUCGCUGGCGCUGUGCGUCAUCAACCAGCCGCGCAGGAACUUCCCGCCGGAUGUGGCAGCUCAUGUCGCGCUACGAACAAUCCGCCGCUUCCUCGAACAGAACAAGCAGCCGCACCUCGUGAUCCUAGCGACCGAGUGCGGUAGCGACGCCGCCUUGCUGACGUCACUGGCCCCGUUGUACUUCCCGCGGAGCGACAGAGACGCGGACGCGGCGCGGUGGCGGCUCGUGGACGACGCGCAGCCGGAGCGGCGCAUCCGCAUCAUACACAACCCCACGCAUCUACAAGCGGAAGACGACAGCUCGGCGUACGACGGGUCGGCGGCGGCGGAGGCGGCGGCGGUAUUCGGGACCGACACGCAACUGCUGCUGUCGAGACCGGCGCCCGCGCAGCACCCGCGCCUGUUAGCCUCGCAGGACCAGCAGCAAUACGAGCGCCUACUCCGGCGCGCUCACUCGGAGGACCUGAGCGAGGUGUCGGGCAUCGGCUGCCUGUACCAGAGCGGCGUGGACCGCCUCGGCCGCCCCGUCGUCGUGUUCAUCGGCAAGUGGUUCCCGAUUGGGGAUAUCGACUUGGAUAAGGCUCUCCUGUACCUGAUCAAGCUGCUGGACCCGAUCGUGAACGGCGACUACGUGAUCGCGUACUUCCACACGCUGGCGGCCAGCGGCAACCACCCGCCCUUCUCCUGGCUCAAGGAGGUCUACACCGUGCUGCCUUACAAAUACAAGAAGAACCUCAAAGCGUUUUACAUUGUUCACCCCACAUUUUGGACUAAGAUGAUGACGUGGUGGUUCACGACGUUCAUGGCGCCGGCCAUCAAGGCGAAGGUGCACUCGCUGCCGGGCGUGGAGUUCCUCUACUCCGUGAUGCGGCGGGACCAGCUCGAGCUACCCGCCUUCGUCACCGAGUACGACAUGACGAUAAACGGUCUGCAUUACUUCCAGCCGGACACCAACGCGACGUAAGGGCCGCGCCGCUCUUGUUAUAGAUAUUAAGUUACGUUACUAUAUUGUAGGCUAAGCGUUGUUGAACCCCACUGGGAACUGUUAUGUAUGUAAGAAUGAAAAUGCCAGGAUAAUUGUUAACGAAAACACACCAUUCAUUUAUUACUAAAGUGUUGUAUCAGUGAUAAGUCUACCUGAGAAGCCUAAUUGAUAGAUACUUAAAAGAGUUUAGGUAUAUUUAGAUGUUCAACUGUUAAUCCUUUACUAUCAACUGGUUAGUGAAGUGUGAACAGUUUAAAGUCUAAAUUUUCUAUAACUAGGUAAGUUUUUUUAAAGAAGUAUCUAUCUAUGUUUAAUAAAAUUAACUGUUGAAUAAAGUACUUAUGGUUAGUUCGUUAAAAUAUGAAAUGCAUAAUUUGAUUAAAAUGGCCUUAACUGUGUAAGUUCGAACUUAACAACUGACUUAGUCAUCACUAUGAUGUUAAGACAUAAGUUACAUACAAUUUGAGUAAUGAAACACUUUUGAGAGAGAGAGCUAGUCAAUCAGCAAGAAGCUAUGUUUGUACCUUACACAAGUUAUACGGGUACUGUAUAGUCUGCGGUAGAGAAGCCUUACCCCUCUCAAGUAGCAGUAUUACUCUGAGGGGUCACGUUUCUUUGCCCCAGAAUCUACGUGUAUAGUGUGAUGUAUUCGCGAAAUGAAUUAAACUAAUCUCUUCAUUCAUUUUGUUUCGGGUUUUCGAAAAUUAUUAAAAUGGUUGAUGGUUAUGGAAUUCCAAAAGUAAUUAAAUUUUGUUAGCGUAGAUAGAUUAUGAUAAUUUUGUAACCAUCAACUAUGUAUGUAACCAGGUAUAGGUAGGUCAUACACAUGUAAAAUUUGUAGUAGGUAGUAAGACAAAAUCCAAACUACUUUAAUUGUAAUUCUCAUCGUUAUUUACUGUAAAGUUCGUUUAUCUACUACAAUAUGUCUACCUAUUUGUACUUGUAUUGAAUCUUAGCCAGAUGAGCACUUUAAUUUUAUCUGAAGACUAGCAUUUUUUUUAUAUUACAUACAAAUACCGAAGUACAUGGCAUAUCUAUACAAUAUCUGGAGCUAAUUAAUUAAUCUUCUUAUGACAUCUUCACCCCUUUUGAAUUUGAUAAUAUGUACUAAUAUUUUUAAAUUACCUACAAUAUUUUUUUGUUACUUAGCUACUACCCUAAUCCAUAUCUCUUUGAAAUUGUUAAUCCUGCAAACAGGGUAUUCAUUUAGCGCCUAGUUAUUGCUUUAUUUUUUAUGAUCAUAUAAUACUUAAUUGUAACCUGUAGCUUUUGUAUUAUUAGUUCUAAGUGAGGCUACCUAUAUCAUGCGUAUGGACCCCGUUACACGGUUAUAGAUAAUGAUGUAACGAGUAGGCCUUCAUAUUUUAAAAAUAUAUUUUUCAUAAAGGUGCUUGUGUUACAGAUAAAAUUCCACGUUUAUCACAGUUUCUUUGAGUAAAUAUAAAUACUUACAUGUCAAAAUAUAGACUUGAUUAUACUACACCAAAUAAUCUUAGGCAAAUAACACAUUGUUUAAAAAAUACGUAAAUACCUACUACAUUAUCAUAAUGGAAGCUAUAAUUUUUAUACCGUGUGUGAUAGUGACAGGUAGAUUUCGCAUAUCUGAAGGUAGUAGGUACGGUUCCAUAUAAGUGCGUAGGUAUUAGUAAAGCGUAAUGUGUCAAUGUUGCAAUAUGUACACUGCCACGGCAAAAAAAACAAAACCAGUGCAAGCCAUAGUGAGAUUACACUUAGUAAGAGUUUAGAAUGAUCUUUUAGAGAACUAUCAUUUUUAACCACAUAUUUUCUACUAUAUACUACUGUUAUGAACACUCAUUUCAUAAAGCUUACAUUGUGAAGCCAAUGCAGAUUGCAAUAAAUAUUAGCUUUGUACCGACAGGGUUUACGGAUAGGUAUUUAGUAAUACUUUAAAACAUGUAGGUACUUUAUGAUAUCAUAAUUACCUAUUCCUAAAUACCAUUCUGUAAACACAAGAUAUUCCUAUGGCGUGGAAAAAAAUCAUAACAUUUAUAAAAUUAGUUUUAAGUUAAAUUUAUGCAAUAAUUAAUAAGUGGUCUUAGUGAUAGAGCUAAAUAAAAGUGAGAUAAAUGGUUAAAUAAAUCACAAAUUUCCAUUAUUCAAAAUAUACAUAGGUCGGUACAUGUGCCACAUUAUUUUUUCUAAAUUAAAACCUAUAUAUAGUUAAAUUGAGGCAAUAUUAUUAAUGUUUGUGGAUAGUUCAUAUUCAUAACAUACUUACCUACUUAACAUAAGUACCUAGUAUAAAUAUUUUGAUCGCAAUUUGUUGUUGUGUAAAUACAUAGGUUAUUUAAGCAUUUUUUAUAGAUGCCAAUUUAGAUGUUUAGUAGCAUUACUCCAUAAAAUCUGUUUCUAUUUGAUGUCUCCACGUUUAAAUCUUGAAAUAGGUAGUGAGUGAGUCCUUUUAUUAUGAAAUUCGAUCUAAAAAUCUAUUGUAAAUAAUAGUGGCUUUGACUUUUACAAAAACUUACUAUUCUUAAAUUUAUCUUAGAGGUGACCUAAGUACCUACCUGUUCACUAUUUUCUUUUUUAUCUUUAUCUCAGUAGGUACCUAAAUCAACCUUAAUGCCUAUACAACCUAACACUUAGAGCUGAUUUUUCAGUAGGUAGUGAAAUAAAAUUUACCUGAGGAAUACUUUUGAUUGAGUAGGGAUACAUUUUAAUGUUUGUGGUAUAAAAUAAAAAUAUUUAUCUGUUGAAAAAUCAGUACUAUGUAUAUUCGUGAGUAAAAAUAUGCUACUUAGUUACUUACUGUUGGCAUAGGUAUCGGAACCAUGCAUGGCAAGAGAAGAAUGAUGUAAGAAUAUGGCGGAAUUAACUUGUAUUAUCAUCAUCACUGACAACUGUACCCAAAUAGAUAUAUUUUUGGAAAAUAGUGUUGUUAAAGAAUAUAUUUGCGUAUGUUGAACACGGCAGAGUUUUAAUAUGUUGAAGUAUGAAAUAAAUUGGCAAGUAGGUGCCUGAUAAUUAUCUAUAGUUGUGCAUUAUAAGUACUUAUAAAUAAAUAACAUUUGGAAACCAUGUAUAAUUGAACAGAGUGGUCGUUAAGUUUCGUAUUUUAUAAUAAAAAAUAGUUAUGUAUUUAUGAUGAUAUAUAAUUAUGAUAACAGAUUAAAGUUAUUAAUUUACUAAAA